AUGGUGCGGGUUAAGAACAGGGACUCCAAACUAACCGAGUCUGUGACUUUAUGGGAGGAGAAAGACACUGCUUUCAUCAAUGGAGAAAUGGCUCUUAGACUGGCAAUUUCAAGGAGACCAUUGCCCGUCUUCAACAGAGAAGACGGGCGAUUCAAAAUAUGGCACAAUGUGGGUCACAUGAACUUUUCUUGUGACCCAAACACCACAGAUUCAGAACUAACUAAUGAAUUUUACACAAUUGGCCCUACCCUCUUACACUUUUGUGCCGUCUAUAUUUUUCCUUACAGAACAAAUGGUCUGAGUGCCAAGUCUGACCUCUUCUGGCUACACAAUGGAAGAGAUGGCACACCAGCCCAGCCAUUGUCACGAUGCAGACGUCAAACAGCCUCCACCAUCCAACUUCCAUUUCAUCAUGGUGAGCACCUAUUAGAGUUCAUCAAUAAGGACUACUACAUCUUACGUACAAAGCUACUGAAAAGACCGGCCCAUCCAAGUUGCCACAAAGCCCUGAUACCACAAUUGUUGUGCUGUGUACCCUUAUGUGCAGAGAUUAUGGAACUUCCUAAACUUUUAUGCAAGCUGAUGAUGAAGAAAUGGACAAUGUCCCUCUACAGUUUUCCAAAUUAUCUACUCAGCAUACAGAAAAGAGAGAGGCCACGGCCAGACUUGAUCAGUCCUAUUUCUGAUGAAAGCGUGCCAAAACUUCACCUCACAGGCAUUGGACAUGUUGCCCGAAGAGACCAGCUCCCGGAGAAGGCCGUCACACUCGCUCAGGAGGAGGAGCAGCAAUAA